CCUCCUCCUCUCCACAGGCUGCCGUGUGGGACAGACACACUCAGUCAUUGCGUCCCGGAGUUGGAGCCCAAGCCGGCUAGCCGAGAUGCCUUCUCUGGGCCAGGUGAUGGAGAACGGCCAGGUACUCCCGGCCUUCCUGCUCUGUAGCACACUGCUGAUCAUCAAGAUGUACGCGGUGGGUGUCAUCACAGGCUACACUAGGCUUCGGAAGAAGGCUUUUGCCAACCCUGAGGAUGCCCUGAGACAUGGAGGCCUCCAGUUCUACAGGAGUGAUCCAGAUGUGGAGCGCUGCCUCAGGGCCCACCGCAACGACAUGGAGACGAUCUAUCCCUUCCUCUUCCUGGGCUUCAUCUACUCCUUCCUGGAACCCACACCUUUGAUCGCCUGGAUACAUUUCCUUGUUGUCCUCAUAGGCCGUGUGGUGCACACGGUGGCCUACCUGGGCAAGCUGAACCCACGCAUCCGCUCUGGAGCUUAUGUCCUGGCCCAGUUUGCCUGUGUCUCCAUGGCCCUGCAGAUCCUCUGGGAAGUGGCCCACCACCUGUGACCAGUGGCUGAAGCCUCUUCAACUACCACAUUGUGGACAGAAGCCACAGAGGCUGAACCUGGGGACUUGGUGUCUCUUCGAGAAUAGGGAUGGGCUGAGGUCCUGGGAUCCUGCCAUCUAGGUGUGUUGGAUACCUGGGCCCAAUGUGCGUGUGUGUUUCUUACUCUCUUGGGAUCUGGAUGAAGUGCCCAAUUAGAAUCACUUAUAGAUGAGUUGUCAA